ACAAUCAACACAUGUAAACAAACAUUUCUUUACGAGUAAUCGAAAGGCGCCGAAGCAAAGAAGAUUCUUUGGCCGAAGUGUCUCUGGGCGUUUAGUAUUUCUCGGGGCAUUUAGUCUCUGGGCAUUUAGUAUGAGAGCAUUUCACGGCUAGACAACACAUCGAAGAAAGGAAGGAAUGUCUGGCUGUACUUAUCUGUGCAAUUCGGGUUUCUAUUUCAGAGGAAGGUCUGUAUGCCGAGCAUAGCUGUGUUAGCAUCUCUUUAUUAUGAUGAAUACAUAAAUGUACUUUAAGUUUUGUGUUGAUGUAAUGUUUUUUGAAACAUAAUCUGGAUCUACCAAAAACAUGGACUGGAAAUGAUCAGAAAUUAUGUCAAAGAUUUCACAGCCAGAUUCUGUAAAUGGUCUUAAUAUAGUAAACAAUUAUGUAAGCAAUGAUCUGUAUGGAAUACAGGAUGUUUGGGCCAAUAAUAUGGAACAAGAAUUCAUGAAAAUCAGGCAGAUAAUUCAAAACUAUACUUAUGUAGCUAUGGAUACAGAAUUUCCAGGUGUUGUUGCAAGGCCAAUUGGAGAAUUCAGAAGUACAGGAGAAUAUCAGUAUCAGUUACUGCGAUGUAAUGUUGAUUUAUUAAAAAUCAUUCAGUUGGGUUUAACAUUCCUGGAUGCGAAUGGCAAUGCUCCUCCAGAGUUUUCAACAUGGCAGUUCAAUUUCAAAUUUAGUUUAGUGGAGGACAUGUUUGCUCAAGAUUCUAUUGAUCUUUUAACAAAUUCUGGUAUUCAGUUCAAAAAACAUGAAGAAGAAGGUAUAGAACCUAAUGAAUUUGCACAGCUUUUGAUGACUUCGGGUGUUGUGCUUUCAGAUAAUGUAAAAUGGCUGUCUUUCCACAGUAGUUAUGACUUUGGAUACCUCCUAAAGCUUCUUACUGACCAGAAUUUGCCUUCAGAUGAAGCUGAAUUUUUUGAUUUAUUGAGAUGGUAUUUCCCAACUAUUUAUGAUGUUAAGUACUUAAUGAAGAGUUGUAAAAAUCUCAAAGGUGGUCUUCAGGAAGUAGCAGAUCAGCUGGAACUAGAACGUAUUGGGCCUCAGCACCAAGCUGGCAGUGAUAGUUUAUUGACUGGAAUAGCAUUUUUUAAAAUGAGAGAGAAAAAUCCCAAAUCCAGAAUCGCUGAAGUCCCGACCAAUCCGGAUUUCGGACUUUGUACUGCAGGAAGAUCUUCAGUAAUAAUGUUCUUGUGAGCCUGGUUAAUGUAUUUCUCAAAGCUUGAUUCAUAGCAGAAGCAAGAUGUUCUUUGAAGACAACAUUGAUGAUGAUAAAUAUUGUGGCCAUCUUUAUGGUCUAGGUAAUUGUUUCAUUCAAGGCAACUUGCAAGAUGAUGCUUUACCAGUCUCCUCUCCUUAACUAGUCAAAAGAUCUUCUGUAAUCCCUUGUAAUGAUGAUUACAUAUUAGUAGAUAAUUGUUGUCAAAGCUAGUCAUAUUUUGAAGAGAAAAUAUUUAAACUUAUUUGUCUUAAAUAGAAGUUUUUCAUUAUACUGUUGAUUUAAUUUUUGUUUGUUAGAAUAUAACAUUCCAAAUAAAAAUAUAGGUAGUUAAUGUUUCAACAGUUGAA